AUGAGAUCACUUUCGAUUUCAAGUGGAAGACCCAGAAUCCUCCUGAGUCAAUUCUUGAGUAUAGACUUUGCCUUGUGUUCAAUCUCUACCAUACUUGCAAAGCUUGCCAUAAAGCCCUGCAUAAAAAAAAGCACACAGUACAUCAAUUUCAAAGGAUGUUAUCCAACGAAGAACUGUUAUUCCCGUGUUCUCAGUCGUGUUGCAUUAGAUGUACUGCAGGCAAUAAGAGAAACUGUUAGCAAAGUUCCUGCCUACGAAUUAAAGGAAGUCUCUGCUUGCUUGGAUACUCAAUGUCCUGAUUUCAUAAUGACUCUAACUUUGGAUGACGGGAAAAAGAUUGAAAUUCUUGGCACAUAUCUGAAACAUUUGUAUGAUGCAACUUACCUUUUAACUACCCGUCCAUAUCCAACUGCAAACUUAUUUCUCGCAGAAGUGUCGAAGCUUCUUAUGAAGUUGGCUAUUGCCGCCUUCAGUCAGGAUCUUUUUCUUAGUAGCUUGAUUCUGCCUUUGCUCAAGAACUUUGAUCAUUUGGAUAGAAUGUUGAGCCGUGGGUAA